GGUCGGAUAAGCGAGUUGCACCGACACGAAGAUUGUGAACGCGUUACAUCCGGUUGGUUUUGCACUCGUAGCAGCAAUAAUGGCAGCGUUUUCUGAAAUGGGGGUUAUGCCUGAAAUCGCGCAGGCUGUGGAAGAGCUGGACUGGUUGCUGCCCACUGACAUCCAGGCAGAGUCUAUUCCCCUUAUUCUUGGCGGAGGAGAUGUCCUCAUGGCGGCAGAGACUGGUAGUGGCAAAACAGGUGCCUUCAAUAUUCCAGUGAUCCAGAUUGUGUAUGAGACACUGAAGGAUCAGCAGGAGGGCAAGAAGGGCAGAGCUUCCAUCAAGACUGGAGGAGCUGUUUUCAACAAUUGGCAGAUGAAUCCUUAUGAUCGCAGUCCAGCCCUUGCAAUUGGUCCAGAUGGUUUGUGCUGCCAGAGCAGGGAGUUUAAAGAGUGGCAUGGCUGCCGCUCUACAAAAGGUGUCUCCAAAGGGCAGUACUACUAUGAGGUCACCUGCCACGACCAGGGUCUGUGUCGCAUUGGCUGGUCCACCAGUCAGGCAGCCCUGGACUUGGGAACUGAUAAGUUUGGUUUUGGUUUUGGUGGAACUGGAAAGAAAUCCAACAAUAAGCAGUUUGACAGCUAUGGCGAGGAGUUUACCAUGCACGACACUAUUGGAUGCUACCUGGAUCUUGACAAGGGCCAAAUUUCCUUCUCUAAAAAUGGUAACGACCUUGGUUUGGCUUUUGAGAUCCCUCAACAUGUGAAGAGUCAGCCCUUCUUUGCCUCCUGUGUGCUCAAGAAUGCGGAGUUGAAGUUCAACUUUGGAGGAGAAGACUUUAAACAUGCCCCAAAGAGUGGGUUUGUUGCCCUGAACAAGGCGCCUGAGGGUCACACAGUCAAAUCUUCUCAGACAGGCAGUGCCAAAGUGAGUCAGGUGAAAGCAUCAUCCAACGCGCCCAAAGCUCUGAUCAUCGAGCCAUCCAAAGAAUUGGCUGAACAAACCCUGAACAAUGUCACGCAAUUUAAGAAAUAUGUGGAAAACCCCAAAAUCAGGGAGCUGCUGGUGAUUGGUGGUGUGGCUGCUAAAGACCAGAUGGCUGCUCUGGAACAGGGGAUUGAUAUCGUCGUAGGAACACCUGGCAGACUAGACGACCUCAUAUCCACUGGGAAACUCAGUCUGUCUCAAGUCCGCUUUCUAGUCCUGGAUGAGUGUGAUGGCCUACUGUCCGCUGGCUAUACCGACUUUAUCAACAGGAUCCACAAUCAAAUCCCUCAGGUCACAUCCGACGGCAAGCGACUGCAGGUGAUAGUGUGUUCAGCCACGCUGCAUUCAUUUGACGUAAAGAAGUUGUCUGAGCGUAUUAUGCACUUUCCCACUUGGGUGGACCUGAAGGGGGAGGACUCCGUCCCUGAGACUGUCCACCACGUGGUCGUGCCUGUCAAUCCUAAAACCGAUCGUGUUUGGGAGCGUCUGGGCAAGAACCACAUCCGGACGGAUGAAGUCCAUGCCAAAGAUAACACCAGACCAGGAGCCAAUUCUGCAGAAAUGUGGUCCGAAGCCAUCAAAGUGCUGAAGGGCGAGUACGCGGUGAGGGCCAUCAAAGAGCACAAGAUGGACCAGGCUAUAGUCUUCUGUCGCACCAAGAUUGACUGUGACAACAUGGAACAGUACUUCAUUCAGCAAGGAGGAGGUCCAGACAGUAAAGGCCACCAGUUUUCCUGUGUGUGUCUCCAUGGUGACCGUAAGCCAAAUGAGCGGAAAAAUAACUUGGACCGCUUCAAAAAAAAAGAGGUGAGGCUCUUGGUCUGCACAGACGUAGCUGCCAGAGGAAUUGACAUCCACGGAGUUCCUUAUGUCAUUAACGUCACCCUGCCAGAUGAGAAGCAGAAUUAUGUCCAUCGUAUCGGGAGAGUUGGAAGAGCCGAGAGAAUGGGACUGGCCAUCUCCUUGGUUGCUAUGGAGAAGGAGAAGGUGUGGUACCACGUUUGCCCGAACAGAGGCAAAGGCUGCUACAACACCCGGCUGAAGGAAGAUGGAGGUUGCACCAUCUGGUACAACGAGAAAGAGCUCCUGUCAGAAAUUGAGGAGCACCUAAAGUGCACUAUCACCCAGUGUGAGCCAGACAUCAAAGUACCUGUGGAUGACUUUGAUGGAAAGGUCACCUAUGGUCAGCGCAGAGCAUUGGGAGGUGGUAACUACAAGGGUCACGUUGAUGUUCUGGCCCCGACUGUCCAGGAGCUGGCUGGCCUCGAGAGAGAAGCCCAAAGUUCUUUCCUCCACCUGGGAUACCUGCCAAACCAGCUUUUCAGAGCCUUUUGAGCACACUUAACUAGCACUAACACUGUAGGCUGCUGAUAGAGAAAAUUUAGACAUUUCACACGUUGCACCAACAGGACGUUUUUUUUGUUUUCCCCCACCUCGACAUAAACAUAAUCAUCAUUCAGAAUGUACACCUGUUGAGACUGUUGCCUGGACUCCAUCUCAAAGUCCUUCACUGCAAUGAUUGCAAAAAUAUAACAGGACAUAAUCCUUUGAAUCUAAUGCGAAACCUAAUUUGUUGGAUUUUGUGUUUUGUUUUCUGAUUGAUAUGGCAGAAUGAAAUAUUUAAGUUUCCCUAUGAAGUAAUUGACUAAGAAGUCAAUGUAUUUAAGUGGUUUGUUUGUUUUUCUUAAAUAAAUCGUAGUAGCCUGCUCA